AAUAACUCAGUUAUAGAACUUCAAGCAAUAACUCACCCGGAACUGAUUGGUUUACCACAUAGUCCUACACACAGUUUUCUAAAGAGUUAUCCCCUUUUUUUUUACUUAAGAUCUUUGAAGAAAGCAUACAGAAUGAUAAUUCUAUUCAGAUAAUUCAGAAUAAUAAUUACUUUAAUCCCAAAACCCAAGAAAGAUUUACUUUUAAUCGACAACUGGCAUCCUGUAUCUCAGUUUAACAAUGAUUACAAAAUGUUAGCUCUUAUAUAUGCUAAAAGAUUAAAAUGUGUAUUGGAUUCUGUAAUAGAUGAGACACAAUCUGGUUUUAUAAAUAAAAGACCUUUUGCAAUCAUGGAAACUGCUCGAGUAAAUUAAAAGUGUGCCACUUCCCCAAGGCUUAGGUUAUCUAGAGGAGUCAGACAUGGGUGUCCCAUCUCUCCUUAUUUAUUUCUACUUGGUGUGCAGCUACUUUCAACGUUUGACUGUGGAAGCGGUAUUCGGGGUAUCCGUAUUGCGGAGCGGGAAGUUAUUGUUCGUCGAUUAGCGGAUGACACCACCUUAUUUUUAAGAGACGCUUCCCAAAUCCCUAUAGCAAUCGAUUAUAUGAAACUGUUCUCUGAAGCUUCAGGACUUAAUCUAAACAUAAGUAAAUGUGAGUUCAUGUCUAUUAAAGAUUGCAUAGCAGCCUCUCUUUAUAAUAUUCCAGUUAAAUCUGAAGUCUUCGUGAAAAGUUAUCAUGAUCACUAAAACUCAAGAUAAUAGAUGUACCUUGAACUUUGACCCUGUUAUAAUAAAAGCCCAAAAAAGAUUUAAUGCAUGCUUGCAGAGACCUUGAGAGGAAGAGUAUUGCUUGCUAAGGCUGAGGGAAUCUCCAGGUUUACACGCGCUGCACUCUCUCUGUAUCUGGACAACAAAAUAUGUAGGGAUAACUGUUGUAAUAUCUGAUGGCAACAAUGUUGAACACCAGCACAGGUCUUUGGGAAUUCACAACACCGAGUGUUUUCAGCACAACACCAUAUGAUUAUUCUGAUGUUGUGUCUUCUCAACCGUGUGAUUAUGGAACCCAUGCAAGCCGUAUUCUCCCUGUGCUUUACUCCCUGUUCUUCGUGGUGGGCUUCCUGGGAAACAUGCUGGUGCUGUGGGUGAUCCUGAGGGGCCCUCAGAUAAAAAGCAUUACUGAUGUGUCUCUCCUGAACCUGGCCAUCGCUGACCUUCUACUAAUCUUCUCUCUGCCCUUCCUGGCUCACUACGCCAGGGAUACCUGGGUUUUUGGUAGAGCCAUGUGCACUCUGGUCCUCAGCGUGUACUACAUUGGAUUUUACUCCAGCAUUUUCUUUAUUGUGCUGAUGAGCAUCGACAGAUACUUGGCUAUUGUCCAUGCUGUGUUUGCCUUGAGAAUCCGAACCAAAACUUGUGGGAUUUUAGCCAGCCUGGUAGUCUGGAUUAUAGCUAUUGCAGCAUCAUUUCCUGAGCUGCUGUAUCUUGGAGUUGAAGAGACUGGGACUGAAGUAGUUUGCAGUGCUUAUCCAAAAAAUCAAGAAAGUCACAACGAUGUGAGAAGUGCAGCUUUCUUUAAGAUGAAUAUUUUGGGAAUGCUGAUUCCACUGAGUAUUGUGGGAUUUUGCUACUCGAUGAUUCUACAGAAGCUUCGGACUGUUCGUAAAUCAGGGAAAUUGGCCAUUCGUCUUGUUGCUGUGAUCAUGGUGGUGUUCUUCUGCUGUUGGACACCGUACAACAUUGCAGCAUUCCUCAAAGCACUGGAAAUGAAGCAUAUCCUGCCUCCAGGGUGUGAGCUCAGCAAAACAAUCCAGCUCAUGCUGCAAGUCACUGAAGCUAUAGCAUACUCACAUAGCUGCCUCAAUCCAUUCUUCUAUGUGUUUGUGGGUCAAAAGUUCAGGAGGAACCUCGCAAAGCUCUUCCUCGAGACCCCAUGCAUCCAAGUGACACCAUGCAACACCCGGUCCACAGGCUCGCUGUGUUCCCAGACCACACAUGUGGACGAACGCACAGUUGGGAUCUGAACGGAGGAACAUGAAGUCUUUUUUAUUAUAUAUAAAUUACUUCCAUUUUAUACUGUAUGUACUAUUGGAAAUACUGUUGAGAUAACUUGUAUUUGCAUGUGUUAUAUAUCCCUGUUAUUAGGUAAAGUUUACCAUAAUGUGCUCUUUUUUAAAGUUUUGUAAAGUCUCAGAGUGAUAUCAUUACCUUUUGUACCUUUAAUGUAUAUCCUGUAAAUGCAUACAUAGUGUACCUUUUAAAAAAGAUUUAUAGUUCAUAAUUGUACUGUAAUUAUGUAAUUCGAUUAUACUUGCUUUUAACUAUGCAUACUCAUAUGCAAGAUAGCUGCCACAUGGUUGUUUGGAGCCUUAUUUGUGCAGGUCCUUAGAAUUCUGCUACUGUAGGUGACAGUGUGGCGCAAAACCAGAUAAAUAGUGGGGGUAGUGUAUCUUGUGACCGACUAAACAAAUGAUAACUGUGUCUGAAAUUAUUCUAGAAAGUGAUUGAGUA